CGCACCUGAAGGGAGGGGGCAGGCAUGCUUGUCUAAUCUCACUGGGACAGGCAAAUGUGGACAAACAGCUUCUAUAAUCUUCAUUCGGACUGCAAUAACUUGAAAUAACAAGAGCUGCUUUGUUUCGUCAAACUAUUGAGGGAAUUAAGAAGGGUUUAGCUUUGGACAAGUUGGUUGAAACUCUCAAGCUUGCAAUACAAAGCUGCAUUCAAGCAAGAAAGGAGGCUCAAUUCUCUUCCUAGCUAGCCUCUGAGCUUGGUAUGGAUAAUGGUAGAGCGGUGGAAGGUCAAGUAGGCUUAAAACAGAAAGAUGCGGAGACCAGAUUCCAUGGACGUAUUUUUCCAGAGAGUCCUAAAGAGAAAAAAAGUGUGAUCAACUCCUUGGUGUCUGGAGCAUUGGCUGGUGCUGUGGCCAAAACAGCUGUGGCACCGUUGGACAGGACAAAAAUCAUAUUCCAAGUGUCAUCAAAUCGGUUUUCUGCUAAGGAGGCUUACCGGCUGAUCUACCGUACCUACCUCAGUGAAGGCUUCUUCAGCCUAUGGCGAGGGAACUCGGCCACCAUGGUUCGGGUGAUCCCCUACGCUGCCAUCCAGUUCUGCGCACAUGAGGAGUAUAAGCAGCUUUUGGGCAGCUACUAUGGCUACCAGGGAAAGGCACUGACUCCUCUGCCCAGAUUCCUCGCAGGCUCUCUUGCGGGAAUCACAGCUGCCAUGUUGACGUACCCCCUGGACCUGGUCCGUGCCCGUAUGGCAGUAACACCGAAGGAAAUGUAUAGCAACAUAAUUCAUGUAUUUAUUCGGAUAUCUCAGGAGGAAGGGUUGAAGACCCUAUAUAGGGGCUUCUCACCCACCAUCCUGGGGGUGAUCCCUUAUGCUGGAUUGAGCUUCUUCACUUAUGAGACACUAAAGAAACUGCAUGCAGAUCACAGCGGGAGGAGAGAACCCUAUCCUGUGGAAAGGCUUGUUUUUGGGGCUUGCGCAGGCCUGAUUGGGCAGUCAGCCUCUUAUCCUCUGGACGUGGUCCGUCGACGGAUGCAGACAGCGGGGGUGAUGGGGUUCUCUUACGGGUCUAUCAUCCUCACCAUGAGGGACAUCAUUCGGGAAGAGGGACUCGUCCGAGGCUUGUACAAAGGGCUCAGCAUGAACUGGGUCAAGGGUCCCAUUGCAGUAGGCAUCAGCUUCACCACAUUUGAUCUCAUGCAGAUUCUCCUCCGUAAAUGGGAGCACAGCAUGAACGUGGAGAGGUAACGCCAAACCUCAGCCCCGGCUCAGGUUACUUGUGGAGAGGGAGUGACCACCAUGGUGGUGCGAGUGCUGGCUAGCGAGGAUGGACAUCCUCCUUUUUUAAUCCCCUUCCCUGACCCCAGAUGAGGUUCUUGUGGCAGACCUCCGAAUUGACCUCGGAGAACUGAGUUUCAGACAGACUCCUCUAACUGUGGCCAUCUCCUGUUUUCCAGAUGAUGAAUGCGCAAAGAAAUAAUAGUAGAAAUCAGUGCAGAAUUUUCACUGUUUUUAAGAUGUGAUCUAAACACCCCUGAAUUCUCUGAAUAGGGGAGCAAAAGGGAUUCUUUCCCUGCUGGCCUCAUAUCAGAAGGCAGUAGCUGAUGUGGUUUCAUUUGUAUCACCUUUUUUUGAAUUCCCCCCUUUAAAAAACAAAAAAUUGCCCAUCAGCUCUCCUUGCAUACAAUUACCUCUUGGAAGAGCAAUGCCAAAUUGAGGUGGGAAUCUUUUUCCAUAGAGCUGACUAAAAAAAAGGGACCUUUCCUCUGGCAUUUUUGUUGCUGGAAACCAGGAGGUUCCUGGCUGGGAAACUCAAUCUCGAAUCAACAGUGUUUGCAUUGUUGCUUUCCAGAGCAGCAUUUAAAUAAAGGAUUUUGUGUUUUGUUUUGUUUUAAAAACCAACCACCGCAGGGUUUUUGCUUUCCAUUGGAGAUGGUACACUCUGGGGAAAACAUUACCAGCGCACAGUGUUAACUGGAAACUCUUGCCAUCCUGAAACGCUAUCCGGUUCAUUCCUUCAGUAUUAUCCAUAGUAUUAUCCGCAGUGGGGAAGGAAGGGAGUGGAUCUCUUAAAUGCCUGGUUGAAUGGAAGGAACUUCAAGGGUUGAUGAGCUGCUGAGGAUCUCCUCUCCCCCUUUAGUAUGAACCUGCUGGGUUCUCAGAUUAGAUGAAGAGCACUCUGGCUCAGUUGGCCUGAACCCUCAAAGCCUAGUGCAUUUUUAAGAUCUUAUUUGCUUGAAGUUGGAGGAAACACACCUGUUGGCAAAACCAGCAGCCUCAUGGUAUAGCCUCACUUUCCUGAAUGGUCUCAAUUUUCCUGCCUCGUUUCAUUUGCUGCUGCUUGUCAGAGUGGGAAAUAUCAUAGUGCCAUGUUGGGCAGACUUCAUGUGGCAGCUAUGUAUUUUCUGUGUUUAAGUCAGGCCUCUUUGGAUAGCUUUUUGCUGAAUUGCUUCUGCUAUUUUCUCUUGCCUGUUUUCUGCUUCACAACUUUAAUGCCCCUUCUAUCUUGGGGAAAAUGCAACAGAUUACCCAGAUGUGAUUCUCAAGCCCUUACCUUUCUCCUAAAAGAAGAAAGAAGGAAUGGUAUAUGUUAAAGCAAAAAGAAAAAAAGGGGGGGGGUCUGUGUGGUAGGGCUGAAAGACACUCUGUUGUGAACUAACAUGGAUCCUUUCUCACAUUUUGUACAACAGACUGGAAACUGACUUCUGACAUUUCGUGGGCCACAAAAUAUUUUGUGGUUAUCUAUAUGCACUACAGCCCUCCACACACAGCGUCCCAAUUGUUCUUUAUAUUAUCCUAGAAAUUCUGUAACCUCAGUUGUUGGAUUCUCUGCGAUAUCACUAAUUGAAUUGGCUUCUGCAAGGGGGCUCAGAAGCUAACUGAAGCUUUGUCGUCAGUUUUCUGCAUUUGAAAUGGUGUAAGCACCCCACCCCGAGAAACCUUAGUUUUAAGAUGCAGAAUCCAGAAUGUGGUGUGUAGGUGUUGUGUACACAGGACAUGUUGACUGUGAAGGAAGCGACAGGGUUGGCUUAAUGGAAUUCAAGGCUUAUCUGCCAACAUACACCAGUCAAAUCACAAAUCAGUAAAUGUGAAAGAUGUCUCAAAUUGAGACUAAUAUAACUCAACUCUUGGGAGAAUGCUUUUCUCGCAAUUUCAGAAAUUUUUAGAUGUCCCCCUCCCUUCUGCUGCUGAAGAUUGGUUGCCAAUCUAGCUUGUUUUUAAAAAAAAAACACAAAAACCAAGCUGCUUCAUAUACUUAACAUUGCACCCCUUAUCCUAUGGUCUGUUUUCCAACAAUCUUGUGCUAUUCUUGCGUAGAGCCUUCUGGCGUCCUCCAGAAACAUUAAGAUGCUGUCACCCACCAUCCCCCGGUCAUUGUAAUCAAAUCAAAUUCAUUGGGGGAGUAUUGGACAUCAAGUUGGAGAAGCCUGCUGUAAUAGAGAUUAGUCACCUAUUUGGGGGGAGCCAGUGUGCGCCUACCUCCUGUCCCUAACGUAACUCAGCUGGAGAACCUCACCAGGGCAACUUCUGCAGUGUUUUUUUCUCCCAUCUGCACAUUCCCAGAGUAGAGAGGCU